AUGAGCAGGCAGCGCCGGGGCGCCUGGGCUACCCUGCUGGCCCUGUUGCUGUGCGCCAGCCUCGUGCUGCGCGGGGGCGCCGAUGCGGCGGAUGGCGUGAUUGCGGGGGCCGCGGGGGCCACGGGGGCCGCGAGGGCGCUGGUGGUGCUAGGGACGGCCAAGCAGCGGGCUACGUACAGCGCGUUCCUCACCAUGUUGGCGGAGGUGCAGUCGAGCGUGGAGGUGGUGGAGGCGAGCGAGGGGUUCAGCCUCAUGAAGUACGGCGACAGGCAGUACGAUAACGUCGUGAUCCUGGCGCCGCGCGUGUCGUCGUUCGCGUCGCCGGACGUCUCCGCCCGCGGCCUCACGGCCUUCCUGGAGAAGGGCGGCAACGUCUUCAUCACUGCCGACCACGGCUUCUCCUCGCCGAUCCAGUCCAUCACGUCGGCCCUCGGCGUCGGACUCGACGAGAAGGGCGCGAUCGCCGUCGACCACACCUCCCACAACGCCACGCUCGCCCCGUCGACUCCAUCCAAAAAGGCCGACCGCGGGCCCUCCGCGCUCCUGGCCACCACGGGCGUCUACCCCACGCAGGCGCUCCUCGAGGAGCCCCUCGCCGCCCCCGUGCUCUUCCGCGGCGUCUGCUCCGUCCUCCCGGCGCAGUCCGACACCCUGCUGCCCGCGCUCUGGGCCGAGGACACGGGCUACUCCUUCCGCGAGGGGCGGAGCCACGCGCGGCGCGCGCCCGUCGCGGGGCAGCUGUGCUCGCUCGCGACGCUCGUGCAGGCGCGCAACAACGCGCGCGCGGUCGUGCUGGGAUCGACGGACAUGCUGAGCAACACCGUGAUGGGGUCCCCGGUCGAGGUGCCGGGGCGGGGGCGGUGGGACGCGCCCGGGAACGCGCGGCUCGCGCGCGCGCUCGCGGAGUGGGCGUUCCAGCGCAACGGCGUCCUGCGCAUGACGCGGUUCGACCACGUGGUGACCAACCGCCCGGGCGUCCCGCGCAACCCCGAGCAGUACCGCGUCAGCGACGACGUGACGCUCACGGUGCGGAUGGAGCGGCUGGUGUCGGGGCAGUGGCAGCCGUACGCGUCCGACGCGGUGCAGGCGUCGUUCGUCAUGCUCGACCCGUACGUGCGCCGCACGCUGUCGCACGACGGCAAGGGCAACUUCAAGCUGGAGUUCAAGGUGCCGGACGUGUACGGCGUGUUCAAGUACGUCGUGCGGCACCGCGACCCCGGGUUCUCGGCCGUCGACUUGGAGCACGUGCAGGGGGUGCGGCCGUUCCGGCAUGACGAGUACCCCCGCUUCCUGACGCAGGCGUACCCGUACUACACCGCGGCGUUCUCGAUGAUCGGCGCGUUCCUCGCGAUGACCAGCGUCAUGCUGUACCACAAGUGA